CCCCCCAUUGCUCGCCCAUGAAGCUUACCCACUCUGCUGGCUCACCGUGGGGACGGGGGUUCCUUCCGCUGGGUUAAGCGUGGCCGGAAGUGUCGGGGUUUUGUGGCUCUAAGAGUAAAGGAGUGGAGGUAGCGGCAUCGCGGGACUUGCCGAGGUGCUCUGGUUCUCGAAGCUGCGCAGGGAUUCAACCGGCACCAUGUCGAGCAAAAGGGCGAAGACCAAGACCACGAAGAAGCGGCCUCAGCGCGCCACGUCCAACGUGUUCGCCAUGUUCGACCAGUCGCAGAUCCAGGAGUUCAAGGAGGCCUUCAACAUGAUCGACCAGAACCGAGAUGGCUUCAUCGACAAGGAGGACCUGCACGACAUGCUGGCCUCGCUGGGGAAAAACCCAACUGAUGAAUACCUGGACGCCAUGAUGAACGAAGCCCCGGGCCCCAUCAACUUCACCAUGUUCCUCACCAUGUUUGGCGAGAAGCUCAACGGCACAGACCCCGAGGACGUGAUCAGGAACGCCUUCGCCUGCUUUGACGAGGAGGCCACAGGCACCAUCCAGGAGGACUACCUGCGCGAGCUGCUCACCACCAUGGGCGACCGCUUCACGGACGAGGAGGUGGACGAGCUGUACCGAGAGGCGCCCAUCGACAAGAAGGGCAACUUCAACUACAUCGAGUUCACGCGCAUCCUCAAGCACGGGGCCAAGGACAAGGAUGACUGAAAAGAACUCCGAAUUCCCUCCAAAUGCUCCUUGUUGCCACUUUGGGUAUUUCUGAGACUUUUCUCUUAGAGCCUAUUGUGUGCCUGUAGCUUGACAGCUUUUGCCUUUCUUGUUUUGUAUUUAUUCUCAGCCAUUUUGGGGCACUUGUAUCUUUGUAAUCAGACCAGAAAUGGGACAUUUUGUCAUUUUCAGAAUAGAAGAUUGGGUAAUUUAACUUACCAGUGGUCCUCUCCCCCCAUAACUGCAGUCUACACAGAGUCAAUAUAUUUUUUCAGAGAAAGUUAUUCACUCGAUUUUUUCUGAACCAUAAUUAAACUUUAUGAUAAAAUA